AUGGACGCCCAGAACUUCACCUCGCUCAACCGAAACUUCCCCAAGAAGAAGUGCGGUGUCCUCGGCGCCACGGGCUCCGUCGGCCAGCGCUUCAUUCUCCUCCUCGCCCUCCACCCGCACUUCACUCUGCACGCCGUCGGUGCCUCGGAACGCUCGGCCGGCAAGAAGUACAGGGAUGCCGUCAAGUGGAAGCAGGCGCUGCCCAUGUCCAAGGAGCUGGGCGAGCUGGUCGUGAAGAAGUGCACCCCCGAGGAAUUCGCUGAAUGCGACCUGGUCUUCUCCGGCCUGGACAGCGAUGUCGCCGGCGACGUCGAGAUGGCCUUCCUCAAGGCCAACCUGGCCGUCUUCUCCAACGCAAAGAACUACCGCCGCGACCCGCUCGUGCCCCUCGUUGUGCCCACCGUCAACCUAAACCACCUCUCGGUGCUGGACCACCAGCGCAAGCACUACGGCCUGCAGAAGGGCUUCCUCGUCUGCAACUCCAAUUGCGCCGUCAUCGGCCUCGUCAUCCCCUUCGCCGCGCUGCAGGCCAAAUUCGGCCCCGUCGCGCAGGUCAGCGUGGUCACCAUGCAGGCCGUCUCGGGCGCGGGCUACCCGGGUGUUAGCAGCAUGGACGUCAUCGACAACGUCGUGCCCUUCAUCUCGGGCGAGGAGGACAAGCUGGAGACGGAGGCGCAGAAGAUCCUGGGCGCUGUCAACGAUGACGUUACCGGCUUCGUCGACCAGCCGCUGAAGGUGUCGGCCGCGUGUAACCGCGUUCCCGUCCUCGACGGCCACACGGCUUGCGUUUCCCUCAAGUUCGCCCGCAGCCCCGCGCCCAGCGCUGAGGAGGUCAAGCAGGCAUUCCGCGAGUAUGUGUCUGAGGCUCAGCAGCUGGGCUGCCCCUCGGCGCCCCAGAACGCCAUCGUCGUCAUGGAUGAGCCCGAUAGGCCGCAGCCUAGGCUGGACAGAGAGACCGACCGCGGUUACGCUGUCAGCGUUGGUAGGGUGAGGGAGGACGAGAGUGGCAUCUUUGACAUCAAGUUCGUCGCGCUGAGCCACAACACUGUCAUCGGUGCUGCUGGUUCGUCCAUCCUGAACGCCGAGGCGGCGGUGCUGAAGGGUUAUGCUUAA